UGGGAUGUAUUUAAAGGCGCUACUAAGGAUACUGUAGUAGGGUUAGUCCGGCAGAAAGGACUGGACGACGAGAAGAUAGAACAGCUGUGCUUAGAUAUAUUUAUCGGAAUGCUCGAUUACCAGUUCAAGCAGAGCCAUUACGACAGCAUCGUGUUAAGCGGGCUAGCCAUUAUGGGUAUUGACGGCAAGGGU